AUUAUCACUGAAAAGCAUAAACUAAUUCCUUUAGUCUAUGCAAUAUUAGAUAUACAAGAAGGUCCAACAUUUAUAAGAAUCUGUAGUAAUAAACAUGAUAGUAGUACUGCUUAUUCUCAUAACAAAGAUUUCAAUAAUUUAAUGAUUGAAGAACAAUUGCACAACUAUACUACAACAUAUAUAGAUCCUUCUGAACAACAUUACUGCUUAAGUGAAAAAUUAGUAACUUGGAUGGAAAG